AUGAAAUGGCGAAGAGGAGAGAAGAAGAAGGAGGAAGUACGACUUCUCACAGCCAAAAUACAUGCUGCCCUGUCUGUGGCACAACUGGCAGCAGCAAUAGCUGGCUUUGCAGCCACCAGUAUGGAAAUAUCCAAGGAUAUACAUAAUGAAGACUUGAAAACCAGCAAUGUAGUUGCUUAUGCCACAGCAUUGCUAGCCAGUGCAUGUGCUGAAGCUGCAGAAUCAGUAGGUGCAACCAGAGCCCAUGUUGCCUCUGCUGUCAAUUCUGGUCUGGCUACUCAAAGUCCUGCUGAUAUGAUUACUCUCACUGCGUCCGCUGCAACAAGUUUAAGGGGAUCUGAAACCCUUAAAUCAAGAGCAACGUCAGCAAACAAAGAGCCAGUAAAACUAGCAGCAAAAUUGUUAAUCAGAAACCCUUCUGGACAAAAAGUACUAAGGUCGGUAUCCAUCUAUUUGGGGCGUAGACAACUGAUGUUGAGACUUGAAAAGAAGUAUUUAGGAGUCAUAACCACCUCCAAGGAAUAUACCAUUCUGCAAAUGAUAAAAGAAAAGAAAGCUCAAGGGUACUAUAUCCUUGGCGUAAAAUGUGAUGGUGGAUAUAUGAAGCUAUUGUUUGAAGACAGAGAGCAGUCACUUGUGUGGAUGUCAAACAUUUCUAGUUUCUUAGAGAUAUACAAUUCUUGUAAUGUCCAUUGAAUAUCUAAAAAAUCAAGUUCCAGCUUCUGGAAUCUAGCCACCAAGUUCUCCUGCUGUUAAUGAUAUGCAUCACGCAAGAUUUUCACCACAAUAAUCUCACCCCAAGGAGUUAUUAUUAUGGUUAGCUUAAGUUGACUAUGCAAUUACCUG